UCCGCCCGUUUGCUGCUGCGCUGCCGCCGCCAGCCAACCAUUUCCCAUUUGCUCCCAUGUUCAUGUAGCUCAUGCAAUAAAAACAUUAUUCGUACAUAAUCAUUACAUUUGUGUAUAUUUAUUAUCAUCCGACAUUACGACGACGGACAACACACACGAAUGGAGAGAACGAAGAGAAAAAAGUUGGUUACCGUUAAAUAAAAGAAGAAUGGCAUUGGUUCGAACAUGGGUAAAACUGGUAAAACGACUCGGCAAACCGUUGACAAUCUGUGAAAUUGGUCCUUACCAUUCAGCUGUCUCGAGUACGGUACGUAAUAAAGUAGGUUAUGUCGAGACUGGUUCAGAAGUGAAUAUUCGUUCAUCGAAUGCCGAAAUAAAAUGUCAUUAUUCGAUCCAUACGAAUGUCUCGAAGAGUCAUUUGCAUGAACAUGGAUCGCAUCUCCAUAAAAAUGAGGGGGAAGGCUAUAGUAGCAAUUUACUCGAAAAAGAACUGGCAAGUCUAAUGGAACACGAUGAAGUCCCGGGCAGCAACAGUAACCGUAAAAACCGACUGGUACAAUAUUGUGAUAAUAUUUUGAUGAGCGUUAAACCAUCCGAACGAGAAAAAGUAAUGGAAAUAAUAUGGAAUGUAUUAGAUAAUAAAUUAGAUAAAAGAAAAACAGCCACUUUGGAAGACUACAAUGCUGUGUUGAAACUUUGUGUGGAUUAUUCGCAGUCGGUAGAUCCGUAUAAAUUUCUAAAAGGUAAAGAAGGAAAAAUAAAUGCAGAAACGCACAAACUUCUACUCAAAUGCGCAGCCAGAAAGGGCAAUAUUCAAGCAGCCUUAUACAUCUUGUCAUUGAUGAGAGGAGCUGACCAUUUAUUGAACGAGGACAUAUUCAAUUCCCUGAUAGAAUUAUAUGCAAGGACGGGAGACGUCAAAUCAACAUACUCAAAUCUUGAAAGAAUGAGAGAUUCAGGAAUCGAGCCGAGCUCACAGAUCUGGACAAAUGUGGCUCGUGUUCAUGCCGUCGUUGGAGAUGUAGUAAGUAUGGAGAAAGUGCUUGAAGCACACAAGGAAAUACACGACCAGCAAUUGAUGGAUCUAGCACAAACACUUGUAUCAUCAAAUAACGGAAAGUACAUAAAACAAUUGACAAAAUAUUUUUCAAACAAUGCAAAUAUCGAGGAUAUGGAUAUAGCUAACGCCAUAAUUGAACUUGCCGAUACACCAAACGGGCAGAACAUUCAUCCCAUGAUGAAUCGUAUGACGAGCGAGAUUGCCAGCGACAGAAGAGACACAUUUUUGGAGAAUUAUCUGAAAACGUUGGUAAGAGCAAGAAUUCCCAUCGAAGCGUUAUUUACGAUAAUUGAUGAUAUUACUGCGAAAAAAAAAUAUUCUUUUGCCACAGCAGAUGUUUGCGAAGCUGCCCUGGAAAAUGGAGAGAAAGAUUUGGCAAUGAGGUUGUUUGAAAGGAUGCAUCAUACAGAUAUACCUCUUAGGACGCAUUAUUAUUGGCCGUUGUUGAUCCAAGCUUGGGGGAGCGGCGGAGAAAUAGAAAUAUUUCGUACGAUAGAGCACAUGUUGCGUCUGGGUGUUCCCUUGGACGAUGAUACUUUUUUUUAUUACGUCUUUCCGCGAAUAAAUACUUCGGACGUUGGCGGCACGGUCGCGAAAUUGCGGGAUAUGAGCAUUGAACCUCGGACGUUUGUAACGCCUCUCAUGUGUUAUCUGUUGACCGAAGAGGAUUUUGAGAGUUGCCUCUUCUUAUGCGCCAAGUACGCCUCGAUGAUUGAUUUUUCGAAAAUCCUUCAUCCUCUCAGCGUUGCUUACAAGUGCAACGGGAACGUUGAAAAAACUGUUCGGAUUUUGAGCUACGCUCCGAGAGCCAGCGGCAACUGUUAUUCCGAGGAGCUUCUCAUUAAUAUUUUUGGACAAAUGCCACAAGAGAAAGACGCCAGAGAAAUAAAGAAAUUUAUUCAAACUUUUGAUAAGUUCGACAUACCCCUAAUGCAGUUUUCGCAAUUCGGCGAGAACAACGAUGGUGCUGAUGAUAAAAAGAAUAAAAGAAAUAGAUUGGUCAAUCCUGCAGAAAGUUUGAGGAAGAUGCCGUAUAAAAUAUUACAUCCGAGGGAAAUGAGCGUCGAUCAAUUGGAGUGUCAUUUAAUCGAGUUGAGAUCAAAAGAAAUGAAUAAACGCGGCGUAUUGAGAAAAUUAUUAAUGGAAUAUUGUCGUGGGAAGGAUGUUAAGCGUGUGAGCGAGCUCAAAAAGGAAUACGACGAUAACGGUUAUCUUUGGUCUUCCGGUUUGUACUCUGUACUUUUUGGAUUUUACACGCGAAACUCGGAAAUUAAAGAAGCCACUCAGUUGUACCAACUGCUCCGGGAGUAUCAUAAGCAUUUCAAGAUUGACUCGGACAAAUUGGUAUCGUUCGCGUGCGCUCUAGUCAAGGAGAAACAGAUCGAGCAAGCCAUGCAAGUUUUAAAAUCGUCAUCCACUCCUUUUUCUUCAAACUCGUCCAACAAAUUUUUGAGCAAGGAAUGUUGGCGCUUAUUGGAUACCGUCGCACAUAGCGAAUUCGCGGAAAUGACUCAAAGCAUUCUUGAUAUUCUCGUUAAAUUUGGUUACUGCGAAAUAAACAAUGCGAUUCUCGGUCCCGUCAUUCGUCAGUAUCUUUUAAUGAAUAACGUCGAGGAAGCCGUCGAAAGUUUCAAGAGAUUCGCUCGACAAUACAAAUGUACACCGCUCCGCCAAGAAUUAAUGCUCGUUCUCUUGAAGGCCAUUCAAUCGAAUGACUCGAGCAAGGAACGUUUCGUCGAAUUAUUAGACGACGUGCGAAUCAUCAUCGCAGACAUUCAUGGCUCGGAACAAUCGAACGCAGAUAUUUUUGUGGGCUUUGCGCGAGCUGGAAUGCGCCUAGAGUUGUUGCAGUUUUUUGAGAAUAAUCAUAUAUCGAAUGAUUUGUUUGUUCGUACCCUCGAGUAUAUCUCGGAGGAUGAAAAACUGUCAACGUUGAACGAGAUUUUUCAGACUUGCACAAAUUUGCCGGCCAGUCACAAGCAAUCACUUUGCGAACAGAUUGUGUCUCUUUAUUGUAGAUCCGGCGAUUGUCAGGGAGCCAUAGAACUGUGCCGGAAAAUGAUGCAAGCGGAUAUAACGUUCUCUCGAACGUUUAUUAUAAAGUUGGUGAAUCUUUUGAAAAGUCACAAGGUACCGGUACCCGAGGAUCUUGAAAUACCCUCGGGGAUCACUGCGGAGAAGCCCUCGUUAUCUCGAGGAAAUAAUUCGCGCUUCGGUAGAAAUGAAUGAAAUAAAACAAUAGCAAAGAAAUUUUGAA